AUGGACUUUCAACAUACAUGUAUGUAUACAUAGACUGUACACAGUCUGUUGUUGGAAGUACAAUGACUAAAAUAUAUUUUCUUUCCUUUUGUAAUUUAUGCUCAUGGGCCUUCUGUAGCUCAGUUGGUAGAGCAUGGCGCUUGCAACGCCAGGGUUGUGGGUUCGAUUCCCACGGGGGGCCAGUAUGAAAAAUGUAUGCACUCACUAACUGUAAGUCGCUCUGGAUAAGAGCGUUACUAAAAUGUAAAUGUAAUGCUCAGACUGUUCUUCCGUAGCUAAACCAUUAACCCACAGUUACUACCUAUGACGCUAGUAGAUAAACAUUGGAUGGCAACGUAUAACUUCUUCAGGGAAUGACUGUCUAUGUGGUGGAAGUCACUGUAGUCCAGUCAGUCUACAGGGAGAUGUGACAUUAUAGUCGUGACCCCCCAUACCUCCCCUCUCUGAUCCCAGGUCAGGGAUGUUUGUAGUGAGGCCAGAGUCUGCUGGUGCUCAUCAGGACCAGCCUACUACAGAAAGGGUAGAAAUACUCCCCAUCACUGCUUAUCUUUCUCUCUCUGUCACGAUCGUUGACUGAAGACACGGACCAAGGCGCAGCGUGAUAAGCGUACAUACUUUUAUUUAACGUACUUAACGACAAAACAACAAACAAACGAUAAGUGAAGUCCUGAGGUUAUAACACAACAAACCUUUACGGAUCAAGAUCCCACAAAGACUAGUGCAAAACAGGCUGCCUAAGUAUGGUCCCCAAUCAGAGACAACGAGCUACAGCUGCCUCUGAUUGGGAACCACCCUGGCCAACAUAGAUCAAACGAUCUAGAACAAAAACAUAGAAAAACUAAACAUAGCAAAUCCACACCCUGGCUCAACAUUUAAGAGUCCCCAGAGCCAGGGCGUGACACUCUCUCUCUCUCUCUCUCUGUCUCUCUUUCUCUCUCUAUCGCUCAUCCUCCCCUUCUUUCCACUCCUUUACUCUGUUAGAUAACUUAACCCUAUCCCUUUCUGCUGCUCUCCUUCCCUCUUCCUCACACACUCUUUCCCACCUUAAUCCAGUGUUUUGUUUUCCGUUUAUCACACACCCCAUCAUCCCCAGCUUUUACCCUUUGACUCGAUCUACCCCUUUCUCCCGGAUACAGAUUUCUGUCUUUAAUCCGUUCCACUCACUCAGAUAAAAAUGUAUGGACAUUUAACAUCUAUACGGACAACGUUUUUCCCUACCCCCUCUUUAGGUUGAUGGGAUGGCCGAGGGGGAAGGUUUAAAAAAGUUGGAAUAACUCCAAGUUCUAACCGAAAUGUGAGAUCAUGUAACUCUGCUUUACAUACGGCUCUAGUGGAGUAGUAACCUACAUCUGUGUCUGAUCUUCAUAGGUGGUCCUCUGACAGUGACGGAUGCCAACCUGGCUCUGGACCGCCUGCUCCCCUCCUUCUUCCCCAGGAUCUUUGGUCCGGGAGAGGACGAGCCUCUGUCCAGCGAUGACACCAUGAAGCACUUCCACCAGCUCACCCGCGAGAUCAACCAUUUCCUUUCCACUAGUUAUGUCAGCUGUUAUGACAUAUUAUGACAUGGUUAUGACCGUGUCAUAAUGUGUGAUGACGCUGGGUGUUAAGUAAAGUGUUACCGGGUGCGGUAUGUAGUGUGUAAGGGUAGUGUAUGUGAAAAUCUCUACUGUUGUUGCCUGGUUGGAAUAGAGUCAAGUCUGAUUUUUACUAGUAAUCAAGUAUAGUUUUUACUGGUAUCCAAGUAUGAUUUUGUACUAGUAUCCAAGUAUGAUUUUUACUGGUAUCCAAGUAUGAGUUUGUACUUGUAUUCAAGUAUGAUUUUUACUAGUAUUCAAGUAUGAUUAUGUUAACAUUCAAAUUAAUUUCCCUUUUUAUUACUUUUUUUUACUUUUAACAGAAACUUGAUGGUCUUUCUGCUUGUCUGCAGAUUCUCAAAUAUUUUCUCUUUCAAUGCACUUUUGUCUCUCCCAAUUGAACUCUAUCCCUCUCUCUCUCCCUGUCCCUCCCUAUCCCUCCCAGGUACAGUGGUGUGUUGUCAGCCUACGACCUGGCCCUGGCUGAUGUGGUGGAGGAAGUCCAGGAGCCCUGCUUUCUGCACUACGACCCUCGCUCCUUUUCUGAGCUGGACCGCAGGGUGGACCAGCUAACCCAGCGCUGCACAGAGGCCCUGAGAGACCGCGGCUUCAGCAGGUCAGACACAACACACUCACAUGCAUUAGCACACAUACACAUGAGCACACACACACACACAUGAUUGUGCACUCACACACACACACACACACACACACAAACACACUCUUAUCCAUUGUCUGUUAUAUAAUUAAGAAAUAAGCUCCAAGGGGGUGUGGUAUAUGGCCAAUAUACCAUGGCUAAGGGCUGUUCUUAUUCACGACGCAACACGGAGUGCCUGGAUACAGCCCUUAGCCGUGGUAUAUUGGCCAUAAAUCACAAACCCCAGAGGUGCCUUAUUGCUAUUAUAAACUGGUUACCAACGUACUUAGAAGAGCAAUGUUUUGUCAUACCCGUGGUAUACCAUGGCUUUCAGCCAAUCAGCAUUCAGAGCUCGAACCACCCAGUUUAUAAUUAAGAAUGAACCAAUGAUUUCUUAUCUUUUUUUCUAUUUCAGCGCCCAGAUAACCACUGAAGUUUUCCUCCACCAAACAGACUGAGCGCUCAUGGGAAUGGCCACAGGUUACCCUGGCAACUCCCAGUCAUGUAGGUCUGGGGAAUUCUGUAUUGCCUUCAUUAAGUGGUGAGCACAUUAACCUUUCCCCUCACUCCAUUAUGUUCCUACAUAAUAAGAACCAAUUAUCUUAAAUCUAUAAUCAACGGUACAACCCUCACACCCUCAUGUUCCCUCUGUACCUCUAUCUCCUCCCAGCUACCUGAAGGAGUUUGGCUUCACCAUCCCAGACCGGCCCAUCAUAGUUGAUGACAUCAGAAUCAGGGGCUCUGGGAAAUCGGGCCUUAAAUCUAUGACCAACACCAAGAUGGGAUAUGGGUUUCCCAAAGCCACUACGGUUCAGAACUCAGGGAUUUUGAAAGUGUCAUUAAUCAUCACACGCACUGUUUCCUUACUGUACUGUACAUCUCAAAGUAAUGUCACUUUUUUCGCCUGUGUUUACAGGGCUGUGAACCGACACACAGUCUGUCUUUUAUGUGAGUAA